GAAUACUUUUGUUCUAAUUUUAAUUCCAAGCAAGAAAAAUGGCCGAUGCAGCUAUAAGCGCUACUAUUCAGGUUGCAUUGGAGACGGUUAUUUCCCUCACCGCUGAUCGUGUUAGUUUGGUUCUUGGAUUCAGAGAGGAGUUGGAGAGACUAUGCAACACUGCUGAAACCAUCCGAGGUAUCUUGGCUGAUGCCGACGGGAAAAUGCAUAUCCCAGGGGUGAAAAAUUGGCUCAAGCAGCUUGAAGGAGAGCUUUUUGAAGUGGAGAAUGUGCUGGACAAGCUCAACUAUGAAACUCUUCAUCGGGAGGUGAAGUAUAGAAAUCAACUCAAGAAGAAGGUAUGUUUCUUCUUCUCAUACUUUAAUACAAUUGGUUCUCGUUCAGGGUUGGCUUCAAAGAUUAGGGAGAUCAACAUGAACCUAGAAAGGAUCAAUCGGCAGGCAAAUGACUUGGGACUGGUCUUCCGGUUCCAAAUUGAAGCCGCACUCCCUGCUGCUGCAGGAGCCACAACAAGCCGACAUACCGACUCUAUUCUUGUUCCAAAUGUUGUAGGAAGAGUCCACGAUGAAUCAAAGAUUGUGGACAUGUUAUUGAGUCCAUCUGAAAAGGUUCUUUCGGUUAUUCCCAUGACAGGCAUGGGAGGUUUGGGAAAAACAACUCUAGCGAAAUUAGUCUACAAUGAUCCAAAAAUAGAUGGGCACUUUGGCCAAAAAAUUUGGGUUUGUGUGGCUAAAGAACAAAUUAAGAUAAUGGAGCUGUUCAAGCUCAUUUUAGUACAAUUGACACGAGAAGAAGUCAAAGUGGAUGACAGGGAUGUUAUCGUUAAAAAAAUUGGAGAAAAGCUCAAGGGACAAAGAUAUUUCCUUGUUCUUGAUGAUGUGUGGGAUCAUGAACAAGGAUUGUGGGAUGACUAUUUCAACACUUUGAUGGGACUCAACGAAACCAAAGGAAGCUGGUGUCUUGUCACCACUCGUCUGGUACCAGUGGCAAAUGCUGUGUCUAGACCUUUGAAGAUGAAUGGUGGUCCUUAUUUCUUAGGAAAGCUACCAGACAAUGAGUGCUGGUCUAUCCUGAAAGAAAUGGUAAUUGCAGGGGAAGAAGUACCAACAGAAUUGGAAGCAAUAAAGAAUCAGAUUUUAAGAAAAUGUGAUGGCUUACCAUUGGCAGCUAAGUUAAUUGGAGGUUUGUUGGUUAACAAGAAGAAAGAGGAGUGGAAAUCUAUCAUGAAGGAGAGUCACACAAACGAAUAUCAAAGCGAGAUUGAUCAAAUACUUAAGGUGAGUUUUGAUCAUUUGUCACCUGCAUCAGUUAAAAAAUGUUUUGCAUAUUGUUCAAUUUUCCCCAAGGAUACAGAUUUGAAACAAGAUCUAUUAAUUGAGCUUUGGAUGGCGGAAGGUUUUGUUCAACCAGAUCGCCAAAACCAAAGAUUGAUGGAGGAAAUAGGGGCUGAUUAUUUGAGGAUUUUGUUACAAAAUUCCUUAUUGGAAAAAGUAGAAGAGUCGUGGAGAACAUAUUAUAAAAUGCAUGAUCUCGUGCAUGAUUUUGCAAAAUCUGUUCUCAAUCCUAAAAGCAGCAACCAAGAUCGCUACCUUGUAUUAAACUCAUAUGAAGAAAUGGCAGAAAAUGUCAGAAGGAAUAAAUCAGCAUCACUUCGUACAUUAUUUCUCCAUCUAGAGAGUCGCAUAUCUGCCGACAUGUUAUCAAGAUUCAAGCACUUGCAUGUUCUAAAAUUGUCAGGGGAACAUGUCACGUUUUUGCCAAGCUCCAUUGGCGAACUACUGCACUUACGGUUGCUUAAUAUUUCAUAUUCUGAAAUCACCAGUUUGCCGGAAUCUCUUUGCAAGCUAUAUAAUUUGCAGACACUAACGAUGAGCGAUGAUGCACUUGAAGGAGGUUUUCCAAACCAAAUGAGCAAUUUGAUCAGCUUGCGUCAUCUAAACUACAACCAUGAUGAUGCAGAAUUUAAAAUGCCGAUGCAUAUGGGACGAUUGGCUUGUCUUCAAACUCUCAUGUUUUUUAAUGUAAGUCAAGAGAGGGGUUGUGGUAUCGAAGAGCUUGGGACCUUGAAAUAUCUUAAAGGGUCAUUGGAGAUCAGAAAUCUUGGACUAGUAGAGGGCAAAGAAGCAGCUAAACAAGCAAAAUUGUUUGAAAAGCCGAGUCUGUCUCACUUACGGUUGGACUUUGAAUGGAAGAGUGGGGAUCGGAAAAGCGAUAACUGUGAUGAGGAUGUGUUGGAAGGUCUCCAACCUCACCAAAAUUUGCAAGAGUUGGAAAUUCGAUAUUUUAUGGGUAAUAAAUUUUCACAAUGGUUUGUGAAUUUGUCAAAAUUGGUGGAGUUGCAAAUAGAAGAUUGCGAAAGAUGCAGUGAACUCCCUACAGUAGGACAACUACCAUCCCUCAAACGUCUCUAUUUGAAAAGACUGGACAACAUUCGAUCUGUUGGAGAUGAAUUCUAUGGUAUUACUGCUAAUGAGGAGGAGGGGGAGGGCAGAUCACAAGCAUCAGGGAGCAGCACUAGAAGACGAAAAUUCUUUCCGGCCCUUGAAGAACUCUAUGUAGAAUAUAUGGAGAAUUUGGUAGAGUGGAAGGAAGCAGACCAAAUGAGGUCAAUAACAGGUGAAGCAGAAGCAGAUGUCUUUCCCAUGCUGAGAGAUUUGAGCAUCUCACAUUGCCCAAGAUUAAUUAGUUUGGGAGUAAAUGGACAGAAAUGCCCCCUAUCCCAUCUUGAGCGAUUGAGGCUUUGUGGUUGCGAUGGGUUGACCACCAUACCCAACAAAAUGUUCGAGUCAUGCCUGUCUCUGCAGUCCCUACGGGUGGUGAGGUGCCCCAAUCUGGUGUCGUUGUCGCAUAAUUUGCAGGAGACGCCUUCUCUCAAGGAUUUAGCCAUAGUCGGAUGUCCCAAAUUGAUCCUUCAUAGGUUAAAUGGAUCUUCUUUUGCCACCAACUUAAGAGAAUUGUGGAUCGCUUCCUUCUCCUCAAAUGACUUCUCAAUGGAUGAUUUUGAUUGGUCUGGCUUAAUAUCUGCAUUAACACUCCGUGAGCUUGAAUUACGAGGCUUGCCUCACUCGGACUCCCUGCCACACCAGCUUCAAUACUUGACUACCCUCACUUCACUAAGUCUGGACAACUUUGGAGGAAUAGAAGUGCUACCGGAUUGGAUUGGAAACCUUGUGUCUCUUGAAACCCUAUGGCUAUGGUCUUGCCAAAAGCUUCAAUCUUUACCAUCCGAGGCCACCAUGAGACGCCUCACCAAGUUAACUCGUGUUGAAGUUUAUCAGUGUCCUCUACUAAGACAACGGUACACUCCCCAAAGAGGCAUCUACUUAAAGGAGGAGAUUUCAAGUGAUGAGAUUUCAAGUGAUCCUACAAGCAGUGACAGCGAACAAGAAGGCAAUGAUGGUGCUCAAACAUCAUGUUCAUGUUGUUUCCCAUCGUUGUUGAAGAAGGAGAGCUGAGGAGAGUCUUAGAAAGCAGACCUCAUGUUGUUGGACAAGAUUGCCAGGGGCCAGAAGUUAUUUUCACUGACUAGACAGGUUUGAAGAUGAAGGCGGUUAUCAAUGAUGUUAAUUUAGCUCAUUAGAUAGCAUCAGCUUUGAUGGAGGCUUCACCAAUAGGUGGUUCUCCCCACGUUUCCCAAACAUAAAGUUUUUCGUUAUCUGCUGGUCAGAAUGCAGAAAGGAAGGCAAACUGGACUGAUGGACUUGUUGGUAAAAGAGUUGGAUGUUUGUGACAGUAGAGACAAUAAAUUGGAUAAACAAUCAAUUUGGAGCAAUAAGAAACGUCGAUGCAAGAAGUCUUGAAUUGCACAAAGGUCCAAAGAAGAGGAAGCAAAACGUUCUUUUCAGUAGAUGUGUGCAUAUUUAACACUUUUAUGAAGAUUUUGUGAAGAAUUAACACUUUUAAGAUGGCAUUUCAUACUUUUGGUGUAUCAGAAUGUGACAAGUCCUGAUAGUACCUUUUCUUCAUCUUUUGCGGGGAGUAAAAAUAUGUCUAGAGACCAUAUUUGUAAGAUUUCCUACCCAUUUUUAGUUAGACAUUUGAUAGAGAGAACUUAGAACUCUUGUUACUUUUCCUCUUCAAGUAAUCAUUUUUUGUUAUC